AUGAAUGUAACCUCAACUGAUACAAUAGACGUUCAAAACGUAACCUCUACUAAUACAAUGGAUAUUCAAAACAUAAUUUCUACUGAUACAAUGGACAUUCAAAAUGGAAUCUCUACUGACUCUGUGACUUCAUCACCCAUACCAGUAUCUGACAACACCACCACUGCCACAGCCACAAGUUCAACAACAUCUUCAAGAAAUACUUCGGCAGUUUGGGAUCACUUUACAUUAUUAUUAAAUGAACCAAAGGCAAAAUAUAAAUAUUGCAAAAGUAUUCUAGCUUAUAAAAAAGGUACAGGAACAUCACAUCUCUGGCGCUAUCUCAAAUCUUGUAAUAAAUUUAAAAAGAAUGAAACAUGUAAUGAACAAUCAAAUGGUCAAACUCAUUUAAAUUUUCCUAUUUUAAGCAAACGACAAUGUAUAGAAAAUCCAAGUCAAAAAGACCUGGUAGAUAUGAUAAUCCGGGAUGAACUUUGUUUUCAAUUUGUUAAAAAACCUGGCUUUCGUAAAUUUCUAAGUGGGAUUUUACCUUGCUUUAGUAUGAGUGCUGAUACAUUGCAAACUAUUACCCUUAACAAUGCAAGUUCGAAUGAUGUUGCAAUCCAUGAACUAAUUAAUUCUGCUUCACAGGAUUUAAUUAACAUUAAAAAAGAACUUUUUCAUAAUCGCUAUCUUGCCCACAUUCUGAACCUUAUUGUGAAAGAUGGAUUAAAGAAAUUUUAG